AUGGCAACUCCAAAAUCAAAAGGCGGUUCAUGUUGUGCAGUUGCCUCAUGCAAAAAUUAUUCAGGCAAAGCCAAAAAUACUGGUAGAACAGAUUUGUCUUUUCACAGGUUUCCAAAGGAUGAUUUGCUUCUUAAAGUGUGGUCGAAUAAAUGUAGGAGAAAUGAUGUAUGGAAUCCUAGUAAAUCAUUUAUAUGUUCUGAUCACUUUAAGGAAGAUGAUUAUGUUAGAGAUUUAAAAUCUGAACUGUUGGGGUAUGCUCCAAGAGUCAAAAUUUUAAAAACUAAUGCUACACCUUCACUUAAUUUACCUGAUGGUCACGACAAGUGUGUUUCAGAAUCUGGUAUUCAGCGUCAAAAACGAAGAGAAACUAAAAUAUUUAGACAGGCGCAUGAUGAGAUUAUCACUUUGGCUCUAAAUGAUAAUGUACCAUCUUCUUCUACUCAACAUUCAGAAUGUGACCUAGAUCCAACUCAAUCAUUGGGGCUUGUCACAAUCUCAAGAUUAUAA